AUGGGGAGCACCAAGAGGGUAGGAAACCUAUGGAACAGGAGGCAGAGCCUCUUCCCAAACUACAAAGUCACGGACUCGGACGCCAAUCGAAGACCAUCUGAGACCGUUUACCCGCUCGCCAAGGAGAGCUGCGUGAAGACAUGGAACUCCAUGCAAGAACUGAGCCGGGACAUCUAUGACAUAUAUGCUGAGUAUGAGGAUGAGGAGGACGAUGGUGGCCCGCUCAACUUCUCCAGGCAGAUCUCCCCUUCCAAGAAGAAUUACGUGAUCAACAUCAAUGUAGGAGGGAAGCCCUAUCAGAUCGCAUACAAGAUAGCAGCAAAGUACCCCAAGACCAGGAUAGGACGCCUGGCCACCUACACGGAUCACAACAUGAAGCUGGACUUGUGCGACGACUACAUCGUGACCAGCAACGAGUACUUCUUCGACCGGGACCCAGAGGUGUUCCACAGCAUCUUCAACUUCUACAGGACGGGCGUGCUGUGGAUCAAGGAUGAGCUGUGUCCCCGCAACUUCCUGGAGGAGAUCAACUACUGGGGCGUGAGGAUCAAAAACACCAACCGCUGCUGCCGCAUCUCCUUCGAGGAGAGGCAGGACGAGCUGAACGACCAGCUGAAGAUCCAGAGGGAACUGGAGGCCGAGGUGGAGAUAGAGGAGAAUGAGGAGCUGUUCCAUGACAUGUUUCUGGGUCAGACUCGUCGAGCCAUCUGGAACCUGAUGGAGAAGCCCUUUUCCUCCGUCAAGGCGAAGAUAAUGGCGGUGGCCUCCAGCCUUUUUGUCCUGAUCUCCCUGGUGGCCAUGACCCUCAACACGGUCGAGGAGAUGCAGUACAAAACGCACGCGGGCCACCUGAGCGGCAAGACUUACUGUGAAUACGUAGAGUCCAUAUGCAUCGCUUUCUUCACCAUGGAGUACGUGCUGCGCCUCAUAUCCACCCCUGACCUCAGGGCCUUCAGUCGAAGCGUCCUCAACACCGUGGACCUCAUCGCCAUCCUGCCUCAGUACCUGCAGGGCAUCCUGGAGUUCUUCGACAGCGAGGAAAACUACAUGAAGCACGAGGCUGACAUCAAGGCGGUGGGGCAGGUGGGCAAGCUGGGGCAGGUGUUGAGGAUCAUGAGGCUGAUGCGGAUCUUCCGAAUCCUGAAGCUGGCUCGCCACUCCACCGGCCUGAGGGCGUUUGGCUUCACCCUGCGGCAGUGCUACCAACAAGUGGGCUGCCUCUUCCUCUUCAUCGCCAUGGGCAUCUUCAGCUUCUCCGCCAUGGUGUUCACCGUGGAGCACGACAUGCCGCAGACCAACUUCACCAGCAUACCACAUGCAUGGUGGUGGGCAGCAGUGAGCAUCUCCACAGUGGGCUACGGAGACGUGUACCCAGAGACAAUCCUGGGUCGCAUCUUCGCCUUUGUCUGCAUCGCGUUUGGAAUCAUCCUGAACGGCCUGCCCAUCUCCAUCCUCUUCAACAAGUUCUCAGACUACUACUCCAAGCUGAAAUCCAAUCAGUACACAGCCUGCCUGAAGAAACGCGGCAAGGUCAGGUUCUCCGAGAGGACGAUUAACUCGGUCAGCAACUGCUUCGGCAGCCAUCACUGA